AUGCGCAGCACUCCAUCAAAAGCGUUGGAUGCAAUUCUUCACCUGCUGCCCCUGCAUGAAUUUGUGCAGUUAGAAGCGGAAAGGAGCGCCUUGCGGCUCAAACGUCUUAAAGAGGUCUUACCUGGUGAUCUUGUUGGUCAUCUGAGUAUUUUGCAACAAUUCAAAAGAGGGUCUUUGUUGAGUAUGUGCGGAGACUGGAUGAAACCUUUGGACAACUACGACAUUCCCUACAAGGUGCGUGAAACAUCGCGCUCCAACUGGGAGUGCGGAGUUAAUAUGGUCCGUAAGCGGUCAACGGUAUUCUUCACGGACGGCUCAAAAAUCGGUUCGAAAACUGGUGCGGGAAUCUUCGGUUCUGGUGUACAGAUAUCAGUGGCAAUGGGCAACUGGCCUACUGUAUUCCAAGCGGAGAUUUACGCUAUAAUCGAAUGUGUCAACGUUUGCCUAAAGAGAAACUACAAACAUGCGAAUAUUUGCAUUUUCUCUGAUAGUCAAGCGGCACUAAAGGCUCUUUGUGCUCACAAGUGUACGUCAAAAAUCGUGUGGGAGUGCGUUCUCUCACUGCGGAGGCUGUGUCGUAUGAACUCUGUCAUUUUGUACUGGGUUCCCGGGCACUGCGGCAUAGACGGUAAUGAAAAAGCAGACGAACUGGCCAAACAGGGCUCAAACUCGCAAUUUGUUGGUCCGGAACCCUUCCCGGUCCCCCUUCCGGAAAAGCUCCUAGAGUUCAACAAGUGGGCUCUCUGUACUUACACAGGACUAAUAACUGGGCACUGCCCGAGUAAGUAUCACUUGAAGAACAUUGGUCGAGUUCAGGAUGACACUUGUCGCCUCUGUAAUAUGGAGAGCGAAACCUCGGAACAUCUGCUAUGCAGCUGCGGUGCAUUAUACAUGAGCUGA